UCCGUGCCUCUCUAUCGAGUUCGGUUCGAGCGGCACUUGGAUCCGUCUCCAUCUUCCACGUCGGCCAAUGGCACCCGACGUCAUCUUCAUCGCUGUUUUUCCUCGUCAGGACGGGUUCCCUUGUUGAUGAUCGCCAACAUUUUUUUUUUGUUUGGGGUUUAGUCGAUUAAAAAUCCCUCUUUUCUUUCCAAUUAUGACAACAGAACCCCUUUUUAAGGGAUCUCUCGCUCUUCUUAUCUGCAAUUAGGGAUGCUGCGAAGUUCUCUAGUUUAUAUGCUCUCUCAUCCGUCGAUGCCAAGACUGGAGGAGUUUCUUCGGCUAGGUUCAUAGUAGCAAUCCCAAAGCAGGAAGGAAUUAUCAGGGAGACAUGAUGCAAAGUGCGAUGUUUGCUGCUGCUAAAGGAUGCGUUCCUGGGCUUGAAUCCCCUAGUUGGAGAAGCAGGGUUUCACCUGGAGUUGGCCCGAUCAGGAAGACCAGGCCGGGUUCAAACAGGUUGUCGACGGCAGACGCUGAGUUCUGUUGUGGAAGUUCUCCACUCAGAUCGUCGAUCACUCUCCGGGUGGAGAUGGCAAGAUCGAGGAGCAGUGUGGAGGGGAUUUUUAGAUCGAGAGAGAAAGCUCGAUAUGUAAAAGUCCAAUCAACUGGUGGGCUUGAUGAUCUACCCUCCGAUAAACUGCAGAAGAAAACAUCUGGGAAUGUGAUUCCAUAUGUUGGUGUAGCCUGUUUGGGAGCCAUUCUGUUUGGCUAUCAUCUUGCUGUGGUAAAUGGCGCACUCGAAUAUCUUGCAAAGGAUUUGGGAAUCACAAAAAACACCGUACUACAAGGUUGGGUUGUUAGCAUAACCCUUGCAGGUGCGACAAUAGGUUCUUUCACUGGAGGUGCAUUGGCUGAUAAAUUUGGUCGGACCCGAUCUUUUCAGCUCGAUGCAAUUCCCCUUGCGAUUGGUGCAUUUCUCAGUGCAAUAGCCCAGGAUGUGCGGACCAUGAUAAUUGGUCGACUGCUUGCUGGAAUUGGGAUCGGGAUCUCUUCUGCUAUUGUGCCACUGUACAUAUCUGAGAUAUCUCCAACAGAAAUCCGUGGAGCUCUUGGAUCAAUAAACCAACUUUUCAUCUGCAUUGGAAUUCUUGUGGCUUUGGUGGCUGGAUUGCCAUUAUCUGGAAAUCCUUUAUGGUGGAGAACAAUGUUUACCAUUGCUAUCUUUCCCUCUGUGCUGAUGGCAGUAGGGAUGGCUUUUUGUCCAGAAAGCCCUCGGUGGCUGUUUCAGCAAGGAAAAUUUUCUCAGGCAGAAACAGCUAUAAGGAAACUAUAUGGCAAAGAACAGGUUGCCGAUGUUAUGCACGAAUUAAGAUCAGGUGGUGAAGGUUCGACUGAACCAGAUGCUGGUUGGUUUGAUCUUUUCAGUAAACGCUAUUGGAAAGUUGUUAGUGUUGGCGCUGCAUUGUUCUUGUUUCAACAACUGGCUGGGAUAAAUGCUGUUGUGUACUACUCGACAUCUGUAUUCCGCAGUGCAGGAAUUGCUUCUGAUGUCGCAGCUAGUGCUCUUGUUGGGGCAUCAAAUGUUUUUGGUACUGCUGUUGCAUCUUCUCUAAUGGACAAGCGAGGGAGGAAGAGCCUCCUAAUAACAAGCUUUUCUGGAAUGGCUGCAUCUAUGUUGCUGCUUUCUUUGUCUUUCUCAUGGAAACCACUUGCACCGUAUUCCGGGACACUUGCGGUCGUAGGCACAGUUCUAUAUGUGUUGUCCUUUUCACUGGGUGCUGGCCCAGUACCGGCUCUUCUCCUCCCUGAGAUAUUUGCCUCUAGGAUCAGAGCUAAGGCAGUCGCAUUGUCUCUCGGCAUGCAUUGGAUUUCCAAUUUCGUCAUCGGUCUCUACUUUCUGAGCGUGGUGCAGCAGUUUGGAAUCAGCCGAGUAUAUCUGGGAUUCGCGGGGGUAUGCACUCUUGCUGUUCUUUACAUAACUGGCAAUGUUGUGGAGACCAAGGGGCGAUCGCUAGAAGAGAUUGAACGCGCCCUUAGUGCUGAAGUUUGAGUACCUAAAACUGCUCCGGCAGCAAAUUGUCUGCGAUCUAACUGUGAUGACUAUGUAGUUCUUUUGGUUCGGCGAGAGCAAGAUCUAAUAAAUUCAUGUUCGAUAGUCAUUUCAGUAGUUCUUCCUAAUCUUAAACUGCCUAAAAUAUCUCACUUCGGGCUAAGGUUAUGCAUUAUGAGCAGCAACUUUUCUGAAAUUUAUCAGAAUUUCAAUGAAGAGUUCAUCUCAAAUUACGGAUUCA